CUCCCCAGCUCCGGGUCCCGCUCCCCAGUUCCGGGGGCCGCUCCCGCCUCCCCUCGGGGCCUAGCUCCUGCGCCUCCCCGUUCCCAGCCCCGCUCCCCAGCUCCGGGGGCCGCUCCUGCCCCCCCCGUUCCCGGCCCCGCUCCCCAGCUCCGGGGGCCGCUCCUGCCCCGCUCCCUUCCCGGGGCCCGCUCCCCAGCUCCGGGGCCAUUCCUGCUCUCCUCUUCCCGGCCCAGUUCCCCAGCUCUGGGGGCCGUUCCCCCCCUGGGGCCCCGCUGCUGCCCCCCUCUUCCCGGCCCCACUCCCCAGCUCCAGGGGCUGCUGCUUCCCCCCCCCCGGGACCCCGCUCCUGUUCCCCCUUCCUGGGGCCCCGCUCCCCAGCUCCGGGGGCCAGUCCCCACCUGGGACCUUGCUCCUUUUCCCCCUCCCUGAGGCCCCACACCCAAGCUCCGGGGGCCGCUCCCCAACUCUCAGGGCCAGUCUCCCCAGGGCCUGACUACAUUCCAGUCUCUCUCCCGACCCUCCUGGCUCAUUGUGGCUGCUCUCUUCCCCUUUCUUCUCUCCACCCAGCGCCUGCUCAGGCAGUGCAGAAAGUGGCAAGAGUACACUGGUGAAGCAGAUGAAAAUCAUCCACAGCCAGGGGUUCAGCCCGGAGGAGCUAGCCGACUUUAAGCCUGCCGUGUUGGACAAUCUGCUCAGCUCCAUGAAGUUUGUUCUCCACGGCAUGGGGACUCUGCACAUCGACCUGGCAAACAGCAAGAACCAGGUGCAUGCCCGCUCCGUGCUGUCCUGCAGCCACUGUUUGGAUGAGACCCAGAUGGUGCUUCCCUGGGUGUCAGAUGCUCUGUGCUGCCUCUGGGCUGAUGAUGGAGUGCAAGCAGCAACCAGGAGAGGCUAUGAAUAUGGCCUCAAUGACUCUGCGCUCUAUUUCUUUGAGAACAUGGAGCGGCUCGUCCACCCCGAGUUCCAGCCCACGCCAAACGACGUGCUGCGUGUCCGACUGCGCACAAGUGGCAUCGUUGAGACCCACUUCAGGAUCAAGGACCUGGUGUUCCGGCUCUACGAUGUGGGUGGGCAGCGCUCUGAGCGCCGGAAGUGGCUCGGCUGCUUUGAGGACAUGCGAGCCGUGCUGUUUGUGGCGUCUCUCAGUGCAUACGAUGAGGCUCUCCCAGAGGAGCCAGCGCUGAAUCGGCUUCUGGAAAGCAUGAAGCUUUUCUCCUCUGUCUGCAACAACGUGUUCUUCCAAAGCACUUCCCUGAUCUUGUUUCUGAAUAAAAUCGACCUUCUCCAAGAGAAAAUCCUGCGCCUGGGCAGGCACCUGCGUCUCUUCUUUCCUCAGUACACAGGUGCAGACUGUGAUGUGGGUGCUGCAGCCCGAUUUAUCGCCAGCCUCUUCCUGUCGUGCAAUGAGACCCCCCAGAAACUGAUCUACCACCACUUCACCACCGCCACAGACACACACAGUGUGCGGGGCGUAUUCCACAUGGUGAUGGACACCAUCAUCCAGGAAAACCUGGAGGCAGCAGCUCUGCUGUGAAGUGCAGGCAGGUGCAGCUGGGGGGCGGCUUGCUGCUAGAGUUCAAGUGAGAUGCCGUAUGCUACAGAUGGAGCUGCUGAGUGGGCAGAAGAGGGACAUAUGAUGGGAUCAAAGGACCUGCCUGGCUCCUGGCACCAUCAUCCCUAAGCCUUCUGGGACUAACUCCUUCCACUUGGCUCCAUGUGGGAUAAGGACCUCUCCCCCCUUCCCCCACAGGUUGAGGUGGCACUACGCCCAUGCAUGGUGACUCUAAUCCCUAAGGGGCAGGGCUGAGGUGGGGUAUGUGGGGUUGUACAUGUGCUUUGAAUCUCCCAUUUUCCUCUGCACUGGGCACUGCCCCAUGACAGCAGCUCCUGCCCCCAGCCUGUGCUGUGUCCUGACAGUGCUCAGGUUAAAGACAGAGGGGAGGUGGGUGCUACCUCUGAGUGGCCUGGCCUGGCCUGGCGCGUUUCACUAGCCCCACACGGAACCGGUUGGGGCUAAGCAGUGCUGGGGGCAGGCUCUCCGCAGGAGCAGUUGGAGCCUCCAACUUCAAACCAAGGGCUAGCCUCUCCCUGAGCCCCUGGGGCAGCCCUAGCUAGGGAUGGUCAGGGGGCCCAGCAGAGGCUCUGUCCCACCCGCUUCACCCCUUCUCAGUUAAUUGGGCUGGGGUAGAAGCCCCCCCCUGCCCACAGGAGCCUG